AUGUCCACAGUAAGGCAGCGCUUUACAGGUGUCAUGGAGGCCUUCUCCGGUCCACGCACCCUACUGGAAGCAGUUCGCCUAGACAACGACAAGGAAACCCAGGCGGAUGCUGGACUCUUCGGCAGCUGGUCAAAUAAGGAUUUGGAUCCAUCGCCUCCGUCCCACAGAGUAUGGACACCUUGGUCCUUCUUUGCUUUUCAGUUCAGCAUUGCCUUUUCGCCAACCACAUACAAUGUCGGGGCUAGUCUCUACGCUACAGGUCUGAACUGGUGGAUCAUCACAAUAGCUUCCUUUAUCGUCUCUUUCUUAGUGGGUGUACUGCUGUGGUUGAACUCUCGUGGAGCUGCCUUGUACCAUAUAGGAUAUCCGACUUACGUUCGGCUUUCAGCCGGUAUCUAUGGAUCACUCGUGUUCAUCUUCCUCCGAGGGGCUGUCGCAAUUUUAUACAUGGGUAUCCAGACCCUAUACGCCAGUUAUUUUGUAAACGUCAUGCUUCGUUGCGUCUUUGGUCAUAAUUGGACUGAACUUCCUAAUCAUCUCCCUGAGUCAGCCGGUAUCACAUCGGGAAAAAUGGUUUCCUUCCUUUUUAUUUGGCUUCUUCAGUUCCCGUUUGCAUUUGUUCACCCGAGCAAAAUGUCAACCGUGUUCAUGGUGAAGUCAGUCAUUGCACCAAUUGGAAUGAUCGCAACGAUGAUCUGGACAGUUAUUUCUAGUCAUGGCGUCGAUUUCCAAGGACUCGGACCUAGCAAUGUAUCCGGGGCCGUUCUAGGCUGGUCUUUCAUGAAAGCUAUCAACGCUAUUGUUUCUAAUGUGAUUCCUCCAUUGGUCAAUUCUCCCGACCUGACAAGAUAUGCGAAGUCUCCACGGGACACCUUGCCCUUGCCAAUUGGAAUCAUCUUGAGCAAGCCACUUGUGGUGUUUUUGGGGAUGGUCAUCACGGCCGCUGGAUACAAACAGUUUGGAGAGGCAUAUUGGAAUUUGUGGGAUCUCUAUUCCAGUAUCCUAGACCAUUACUGGAGUCCAGGGACCCGAGCGGUGGUGUUUCUCGGCGCAGGUAUCCAGGCGUUUGCUACAUUUGCUACAAACCUCACCAGUAACUCGAUCCCAGUCGGAUGCGAUCUCGCUGGUCUUUUCCCGCGGUACUUCACAAUCGUCCGUGGCCAGGUGGUCUGCUUCUUAUUGGCGUGGGUAGUCGUUCCAUGGAAAUUGACCUAUUCGGCCUCGUCUUUCCUGACCUUCCUAAAUUCAUACCUGUGUUUCAUGUGCCCCAUUGUAGCCAUGAUGAUUAUCGAUUACUGGGUCGCCCGCAAGGGAAACAUCCAUGUUCCUUCCCUCUACAACACAAAAGCAGGCUCUCCAUACUUCUACACCGGUGGUUUCAAUAUACGUGCAUUCGUAGCCUGGCUGGGAGCAAUCGCUAUUGUCAUUCCUGGUGUCGCUGGGGCUCUCAGCCCCGGAUCAGUUGCAGAUGCCGCCGUGAAGAUGUACGACAUGGGAUUCCUGAUUUCCACCACUUUUGCGGCACUGGCAUACUACAUUUGCUGCAGAUUUUGGCCUGUGCAGAUCUAUCCUACCGGGCUCGGAGCGAAAGACGCCAGUUGGGAGGCUAUGAAGUAUACAGAGGGCUUUUUUCCUGAAGAUGAAAUCGUGCCGGACUAUUUGCAAGAAACUGUGAUUGAAGGAGUGAGAGUGAGGCCGGAAAAAGGCUCUUUGGAGGAUGACUCUAUGCGUGUGCGAAAAAAGACAAUGUCCUAA